ACUAUGAGACCAUCCGCAACGGGGGGCUGAUCUUCGCUGUCGUGGCUUUUGUCGUCGGGCUCCUCAUCAUCCUCA